GUCAAAAUAUGGACAGACUGUCCGACAGAAUAUAAAAUCAAGACUGACACUUUGCGGUCGGUGUUUUAUUGAAAGUGUAAUAAAAUUAAAUCGCGAUCGUAUUACAAAUUCAUACAACUCGUACAUGUUCCUGCUGAAAUAAACAAACUAAUACAAUUUUAUCAUGCUUUAGGUGUAUAUAAAAAACAUCAUAAUAAUAGAUUUAACAGAGUGGCAUGUUAAUCUGAGUGGUUUGUGUCUGCUAUAAAAAUGAUAAUAUCAAUUCCAUUAUUUAAACUCAAGGAGAAAGUAACAAUAUUCAUAGUGAUAUUAUUCCUGUUCGUGAGUGUGUACUUCUAUUUGAAUCACUUACAGCAAAGUUAUGACAGUGCCCAAUGGUCCGGCGAACGGUGUUUAUCUGAGCUGACUUCUAUUAAAUAUCAAUUGAACGUUGUUACAGAAUACAAAAACCGCAUCGACAAGUUACUCACGGAUACCCAGAAAGCUCAUGAGGCCGACAAGGAGAGAUAUAAAGAUGUUAUGGAUAGUUGUGUAGCUAUGAAACAGCAGACAACUAUAUGUCAGAAUCAGUUUGAGGAUCUGCAGAUUGAAUGCAAGAAAGUCAGAGAAGACUAUAACAAGGCACUCAAGGAAUUAGAAAAAUAUAAGUCCACAGGGUAAAAUAAAGGUAGUUAUGUGUAAAGCAUAAUCUUGAUCUGUUAUAUAGGUAUUGAUACCAACCAUUGUGCAGUUUAACUACUACUAUUUAUUCAUAAAUGUCUUCUAAGCAUCAAGUACAUAAGGUACCCAUCAUGUCUACUGAUAAUGUAAGACAGUGGCUCCCAAACUUAUUUUGUGUAAAAAACAUUUUAUACCACUUUCUACCCACUUUAAAUCCUCAAUAACUUCUAAGAGUGACACUUAUAAAUUUGGGAACCAUUUUUUAUGUAAUAUUUACUAUCAAUGUUUAAUAAUGAUCAUAAACCUCUAGGUCUGUAGGUAAUAUUUUGAAACAAAAUAAUAAAUGUUAACAUUUGCUUCAGUAGAUCAAGUUUUCUAAGA